GCAUUUUUCUUUCUUUAAGUUAACAGGAGUGCCAGCAAGGCAGUCUAAAAAAAUAAAAAAUAUCCUUUAUGUUGUUCUGUGGCAGUUUAUGGAUUCGCACGAGAAGAAACAGUUUACAGAACUAGCAUUGUUUUGCCUCGUCUUCAGAGGCAAUAUUCUGCUCUUUUGUGAGACAUUCUGGGGAGAAAAAGGAACUCCCCCCGCAAAGAAAAGAAAAGAGAAGAAGUAAAAGAAAAAAUAUUGAGUGCCUCCUGCGAAUUAGGAACGAGGUUAAAGGCUUAAGCAAGAUUAUUCGCCCCAUUUCACAGGUGGCGAAAUUAACGUUUCCUUAACAAGUUCUGUCUGAGGUAAUCGCUAAGAGGUGUUGGCAAUAAGAGGGGGAAAUUCCUUUGAAAGGGUGUGGUCCCUUUGUCCAAGGGGCUCCUUAACAGCUGCCCAACCAGUUCCUGUUCCUUUCGGAGCCCGCGUUCUACCCUGCCUGACGCUCCUGGAGUCUGUCCUUUUGCUGGGCCCGAGGCCCACCACAGGCGGAAUGGAGUUUUCGGAGCUGAUCUGCACCAGGCAGGCCCAAGCUAAGCUCUUGAGUGGCUCGGAGGCGUCCCCGCUGCGCGGCACGCUUUGCGUUACGGGCCACCACCUGCUGCUGUCUCCAGGACCCCAAGCGACAGACCUGUGGCUGCUGCUGUUGCGUAGUGUCGACUCCAUCGAGAAACGGGUCGCGGGUGACUCUGGCACCAUCACGCUGCGCUGUAAGGACCUGUGCGUGCUAGAACUGCGCAUAGAGGGAGUGGAAGCGACGCUGGACAUAGCCCGCGCCAUAGAGGCGCUGUCCUCCCUGGAAUCGGUCAUCACCUCCUAUCCGUUCUUCUAUCGUCCCAAGGGCUUGAGAUUGGGUGACGCCUGGCACUUCCACCUGCCCGAAAGCUACUACAAGAGAGUAGCUCUCGAGACCGACGCGUGGAGGCUGAGUAAGGUGAACGAGGACUUCAGCUUGUGCCCCAGUUACCCCCGCGCGGUGAUCGUUCCUCGCGCUGUGGACGACGCCACCCUGGCACACAGCGCCCGUUUUCGCCAGGGAGGCCGCUUCCCUGUGCUCAGCUACCACCAUGCUCGCAGCGGAACCGUACUGCUACGUUCCAGCCAGCCCUCGAUCGGGCCCCAGAAGCGGCGCUGUGCUGAGGAUGAGGAGCUGCUGCGAGCCGUGCUGGCGGGGGCUCGCCCUGGGGCCCGUGGCUUCAUCGUGGAUACGCGCUCAGCCCAGACCGCCAAACAGUCCCGCAUGACUGGCGGUGGCACAGAGUCCAAGGCCGCCUACCCAGGCUGGAAACGGCUGCAUCGGCCCCUGGAGAGGGGACGACCCCUACAGGAAAGCUUUGUGCGCCUGGUGGAGGCCUGUGGGGACCUGGAGCAGAGCAUGGACCAGUGGCUUAGUCGGCUGGAGAGCUGCCGCUGGCUGGCACACGUGCAGGAGGCACUGAGCACGGCCUGCCUAGCAGCCCAGGGAAUAGAGAGGGAAGGGGCCUGUGUUCUGGUGCAUGGAGCUGAAGGCAUGGACAGUACCCUGCUGGUGACGUCACUGGCCCAACUCAUCCUGGACCCCCUGAGCCGGACCAUGGCUGGAUUCCAGGAACUGGUGGAGCGGGAGUGGAUCCAGGCUGGCCACCCCUUCCAGCUGCGCUGUGCCCACUCAGCCUUCUCCCACGCCCGCCCCAAGCACGAGGCACCCACCUUUCUCCUCUUCCUGGACUGUGUGUGGCAGCUGGGCCGCCAGUUCCCACUGUCGCUGGAGUUUGGGGAGGGGCUGCUGUUGGCACUGUUUGAGCACGCCUAUGCCUCCCCUUUCGGCACCUUCCUCUGCAACAGCGAAAAGGAGAGAUGCCUGUGUGAAGUCAGAACUCAAACGCACUCCUUGUGGUCUGGGCUCAACCAGUCAAAAGAGCAGCGAAGACUCAGGAACCCACUCUACGUACUCAAUCCUUUGGCCAUUUGGCCUUCUGUGGAGCCCCAGAGCCUGCGACUGUGGCAAGGCCUAUUUCUGCGCCAGACCCGCCCACCUGAGCACUCAGAGGCAGUAUGGGAGAAGGUGUGGCAAAUAGUGACAGAUGAGAAGACCAAAGACCCUCCGCCAGUGGUUUCAGCCUCUGAGCCCCAGCCCUAAGUGCUGGCGUCUCACAGAGUGGCCGAGAUGCUCCUGAGACCCCUCUAGGCCCCCCCGCAUCCUUGGACCUUGAAAGAGGGUGCCUGCAACCAGCCCUAGUCCAUAAUACUGAAGUUCCAGGUUUGCAGUGUCCCAAGUGUAGGGAGGUCCAAAUAAUAGAGGUAUCAGCUCACCGGGGUGUCACAUUGAGAAGGGAAAAUGAUUAAACAGACCCCACAAAAUCUGACCAGAAACAUGUAUUUCCAAACUAAUUUAUUAUUUCUCAGAGUCCAAAAGUUUCUGUGAGCCCCCGGCCCAGAAACUUUUUCCCUGGCCAGGAUGGAGAUCCAGCUUCUUAAGCCUCAAACUCAAAUUCAAAGUACUGUGGGUCGAAGUAGUGGAUGCGGACAUAACCAUCUUCACCACCACUGCUGUAGCUGGAAAGAGAGAGCCAGGGACCAGUCAGACGCUUGCUCUUGGGGGAGGCGGGCCGUGGGGCAGGGCCUGGGAAAGGGCUGGGGUGGGGGUGGUGCGCCUGUGGGGCAGGGACCAGACCUGGCUGAGCCCCGCUCCCUUUCCCUCCCCCCGGCCCUACCUCUUCCCAUCAGGAUGGAAGGCAACACUGUUGAUAGGUCCGAAGUGACCUUUGACUCUUCCAAACUCCUCCUCAAAGGCCAAAUGGAAGAACCUGGAGAGAAAAAGGGUGGUGAUAAGGGGCAGAUGAUUUAUUUACUCUCCACCUCCUUCCAAAAUACUUUGGAGGUACCACUGCCAGCACAGACUAUAAAGUGGGGAAACCGGGAUGUGGGGAAUGAGGGUGAACAUUAAGUGAGGGGGGACUGGGCCCAAACGUUUGCCUGCAUACACAGCUGACACUUCUUCCCAUGUGCUGGGCAGCGCUGAGAGCUGGGCAGUACUGACUCGUUUAUUUAAUCAGCACAAUUUUAGGAGAUACGUAUAUUAUCACUGUCCCCAUAAUACAGCCGAGGAUAACUUGGCACAGAGGAAUACAAUGAUGUGUCCAGGG